AUGGCAACGAAAGCAGCAAUGGUCAGGCUAGUGGUGGAUGCUGGAAAGGCGGCUCCAGCACCACCAGUGGGUCCAGCACUUGGUUCCAAGGGAGUCAAAGCUAUUGAUUUCUGUAAAGAGUUUAAUGCUCGUACCGCCCACUACGAACCAGGGACUCCAAUACCAUGCCUAGUUAAAGUCAAACCCGAUAGAACGUUCCAGUUUGAGAUCAAGUCACCACCGACAUCGUGGCUUUUGAUGAAGGCUGCUCAAGUGGAAAAGGGAAGUGGUAAAGCUGGAAGUGAAGUUGUUGGUAAAAUAAGUUUGAAACAUGUUUGGGAAAUUGCAAAGAUAAAGCAAACUGAUGAUCGACAUAAGGAUUUGGAUUUGAAGGCUAUUGUGGGGAGUAUCAUAAGUACGGCUAAUGUGGUUGGUAUUGAAGUUGUGCCAUGA